CCUCCAAGCAGAAAUGUCAAAAUGGCGUCAACGCAGGACGCUUGGUAUAUUUCUUUACUUGGUUUAGCAGAACAUUUUCGUACAUCAAAUCCUCCUGACAUAAAAAGUUGUAUCCAGUGCCUACAAGCUGUGUUUAAUUUCAAACCGCCACAAAGGGUCGAGGCCCGAACUCAUUUACAACUCGGAAAUAUUCUCUUGACACACACCAAAAACAUCGACUUGGCGAGGACGCAUUUAGAGCAGAGUUGGUGCCUCUCUCAGACUAUCAAUGGUUUUGAUGAUGUGAAGUUUGAAGCGGCAAGCGUGUUAGCAGAACUAUUUGAACAACAGGGUCAGCCAACACACUCUAAACCAAUUUUAAGGAAAGCUAUUGAACUGUCACAACACAGUGUUUACUGGCAUUGUAGACUAAUAUUCCAAUUAGCGCAAAUUCAUGCCACAGAACGAGAAUAUGAAGUUGCCAGUAGUUUACUCGGUGUGGGAGUUGACUAUGCACAGAUAUCAAAUGCUGCUUAUACCCGAGUACUAUUCUUGCUCAGUAGGGUAAUGCUAUUAUUAAUAGACAAAAAGAUACAAGAAGUGCUACCAUUGCUAAAUCAGGCUAUGCACCUGGUGGACUCAUGGGCUGGCAGUCUGCACCAGAAAGAAUACCUUAAAGUGUUCUUUUUAGUACUACAGGUAUGCCAUUACCUUAUGGCUGGACAGGUGAAGAGUGUUAAGCCAUGCCUGAAGCAGUUACAGCAGAGCAUCCAAACCAUCAUGGCGCCUACGUGGCCCGACGACGACGCCGUGUGCGGGACUGCGCCCGGGGAGUCGUUCGUAUGGCUGUCGCGGCAGCAGCUGUACGUCCUGGUGUACUUGGUGACCGUGAUGCACUCAGCACAGGCCGGCUACAUGGACAAGGCGCAUAAGUACACAGAAAAGGCGCUCGCGCAGAUUGACAAACUUACAUCGAGCGGGUGCACGGAGCGGAGCGUGUGCGGUGCGGCGGGGGGUGUGGGGGGUGCGGGCGGCGUGCGGGGCGGCGCGGCGCUGGCGUGGCGGCUGCGCAUGGCGCUGGUGGAGCACGCGGCGCUGUGCCGGCUGGUGGCGGGCGGGAAGGCGCACGCGCUCCACGAGAUCGCGCGCGCCGCACACCUGCUGCAGGUCGCGCCCUCGCCGUGCGUUGCGGCGGCACAUACUCCGCAAUUGCACUGCCUGUUGGGCCUAUACGCUAUGUCCAUGAACUGCAUGGAAGCUGCUGAGGCGCAGUUCCACACCGCAAUCAAUAUGUCACAAGAAAGAGACUUAUGGAUGUUCGCAAAAUUAAAUCUGGCAAUAGUUUAUUUACGGGGACGACGAGACAACGAAUUGGCGCAAAUUAUGGAGCAGGUGAGGCCGGAAGCGUUACCAACGUACGCACACGGAUUGCGGGCCGCUUCAUAUUACGUGCUAGGACUGCAGGCCUUCUUCCAGGCGCGGUAUAAUGAAGCCAAACGGUACUUACGGGAGACGCUGAAGAUGGCGAACGCGGAGGACUUGAACCGGUUGACGUCGUGUUCGCUGGUGCUGCUCGGGCACAUAUUCCUGUCUAUCAACAACUCGCGUGAAAGUAUGAACAUGGUAACGCCGGCCAUGCAGCUCGCCAGCAAGAUACCAGAUGUACAUGUUCAGUUGUGGGCUUCCGCUAUACUUAAAGAUUUGUACCGGCUAGCAGGAGACACGGAGCGCGAGAACGAGGCGUAA